UCACAUAAAUGCCCAUAUUCAUGUUCAAAUGAAACUGAUCAUAUCUACCAUUAAGACCUUAUUUAUCAUCAUUCUCUUCCUUUGAUCCUGUCUUUCUCCGGAGAAAGAAAACCAUUACCUCCUAUCCUAUCAAUAAACCAUGAGAUCCAAAACCCAAUUCACAAGCACUCUCAAGGUAGCCCUUCUCUGCCUUGUGUUUCUCUUCUUCUUCUUCUUGCUAUUCAGAUCAUCUAUAUCAUCAUUUUCUCAGCAAUCACAGACCAACUUGUCAAAGUCAAACACAAUAACUUCAGCAGAAGAAGAACCACAACCCACAACACCAGCAACAGAAAAAGCCACACCAUGCCCUUCACUCCCCUUAACACCCACAUGCACCAAAGCUCCUCCAUCUUUAGCCAAUGCCCUUAUCCAUUACGCCACUACAAACAUUACCCCUCAACAGACCCUUCAUGAGAUCUCAGUAUCAGCAAGAGUUCUGCAGAAGAAAUCACCCUGCAACUUCCUUGUGUUUGGCCUUGGUCAUGAUAGCCUCAUGUGGACAUCACUCAACUAUGGUGGCCGUACGGUUUUCCUUGAGGAAGACAAGUCUUGGAUUGACCAAAUCCAACACAAGUUUCCCACUUUGGAAUCUUACCAUGUGGUGUAUGAUACAAAGGUUCACCAAGCUGAUGAACUAAUGAAGAUUGGAAUUGAAGAGGAUUGCAAAAAGGUGACAGACCCAAGAUUUUCAAAGUGCCAAUUAGCACACAAAGGGUUUCCAAGUGAGGUUUAUGACAUAGAUUGGGAUGUGAUCAUGGUUGAUGCACCCACAGGUUACUUUGAAGGGGCACCAGGGAGAAUGAGUGCAAUUUACACAGCUGGUUUGAUUGCUAGGAACAGAGAACAUGGUGAAACUGAUGUGUUUGUGCAUGAUGUGGAUAGGAAGGUGGAGGAUAAGUUCUCAAAAGCUUUUCUGUGUGAAGGGUAUUUGAGGGAACAAGAAGGAAGAAUAAGGCACUUCACCAUUCCAAGCCAUAGGACUCGUUCGGGUAGACCCUUUUGCCCAUGAGUUGACACAUAAUACAAUUGUUUCUGCUUUCUUUAAUUAGUUCAAUACCAUAAAUAUUAGCAACUAUGUGGGAAACUAGAU